AUGAGUCGUAUGAUAUCACAAAUCAUUUUGCCUUCCCCUUUUUUCAAGGUCAUCCUGCAUUCAAAGUUUUUUCUGUUCUUUUUUGUUUUUUCGUUAAAGAAGGCUUUCCCAGGAAUCAAUAUUGUAAAUUCAAAUAUAAUAAUUCAAGAAAAGCAAGCUGUUUUGAGCUUUUUGACUACGUACAUAGUAUUAUUGGUUAUGACCAGCAAAGAAAGCUCACCUCCAGGAACACCAGAACAAAAUUUUACUAAUAAGGAACGUAGUUCCUCAAUGGGAAACAUUGCAGUUGGAGAUACUAGCCCUUCUUUGUCAACGAUGAGAAGAUCAAAACGUGAGAGAAAGAGAUCUGAUGCCAGAUUACAUACAUUGUCGAAGGAUGCCAGUUCAGAUUCUGCUAUUUUCGAAAAGAUUGUAGUUGGUUUCAAAGAAUUGAGCUAUAGACAGACCUGGCUUAAGCCACUACUAGUUUUGGUCGCGUCAACUUUCGUAUAUUUAAGCUCUGGGAAAGACACAACGAUUCAUAAAAUAUUAGAAGCUAUGAUAAGACCAUCGUAUCAUAUCGAAGGGACAGAUCAGUACGGUAAAGGUGUGAAUGAUUUCUUUUUUGUUGGUUACUAUGCAAUUUUUUUCACAUUCUUAAGAGAAUUUUUAAUGUGCUGCUUUCUUAAACCUCUUGCAUCUUACUUUUCAAUAACCAAAAAGGGGAAGGUGAGUAGAUUUAUGGAGCAGACAUAUGCGAUGUUCUAUUAUGGCCUUGUGGGUCCGUUUGGUUUAUGGAUCAUGUCUAGGUUACCUCUUUGGUUCUUUAAUACUAGACAGUUUUACGAGAACUAUCCACACAAGACGCAUGAUAUAUAUUUCAAGAUCUAUUACUUGGGGCAAGCAGCAUUUUGGGUUCAACAAUCCGUUGUUUUAAUCUUGCAAUUGGAAAAGCCUCGGAAAGAUUUCAAAGAGCUAGUUUUACAUCACAUUAUUACAAUUGCUUUAAUUUGGACUUCGUAUAGAUUUCACUUUACUUGGAUCGGUUUAGCUGUCUAUAUUACUAUGGAUGUGUCUGAUUUCUUUUUAGCGACAUCAAAGACACUAAACUAUUUGGAUUCACCUAUCCAGGGUCCUUUCUUUGUCAUUUUUGUUGGUAUUUGGAUAUAUUUGAGACACUAUCUCAACUUGCGUAUAUUGUGGUCAGUUUUGACUGAAUUUAGAAGUGUCGGCGAGUGGGAUUUGAACUGGGAUACCCAGCAAUAUAAGUGCUGGAUAUCCCAACCCAUAACUUUCUUUUUAAUCAGUGCUUUGCAACUUGUCAAUAUGUAUUGGUUAUUCUUAAUCUUCCGUAUUCUUUACAGAUAUGUGUAUGGUGGCGUUACGAAAGAUGAGCGUAGUGAUGAUGAAGAAUCAGAUUCAGAAUCCAGUGAAGAUGACGAGGUGAGUAAGAAGAAUAUUUGA